CCUCAGUCCCCUCUCCUCUGCCAGCAAUGGCUUCCAAAUUUUUCCCCGCCGUCCCGCGGACUGGCCGCCAGCUCUUCCAGCAGAUCCCCAAGACCCAAUUCAGACCCUUCUCGGCUGGUCCGCAACGCUUCAGCGACUCCCUUGCCGUGCACCGCAACAAAGGCGAUAACAACCCGAAUGUUCCGUUCAAGUUCACCGAGCAAAACCUCAAGCUCAUCGAUGAGAUCCUCAAGCGCUAUCCCCCCCAGUACAAGAAGGCCGCUGUCAUGCCGGUCCUGGACGUUGGUCAGCGCCAGCACGGCUACACCAGCAUCAGCGUCAUGAACGAGGUCGCCCGUCUCCUGGAGAUGCCCCCCAUGCGUGUCUACGAAGUCGCAACCUUCUAUACCAUGUACAACCGUGAGCCGGUUGGCAAGUACUUUGUUCAGCUUUGCACGACGACACCCUGCCAGCUCGGUGGUUGCGGUAGCGACAAGAUCGUCCAGGCGAUCACGGAACACCUGGGUAUCACCCCCGGACACACUACCGAAGACGGCCUCUUCACCUUCGUCGAGGUCGAAUGCCUGGGUGCCUGCGUCAACGCUCCCAUGGUCCAGAUCAACGACGACUACUACGAGGACCUUACCCCCGAAUCGAUGAAGUCGCUGCUCACCGCUCUCAAGGAGUCCGCCACUGCCACCGAGGCUGGUCAGACGGUCAAGGUGCCCGCUCCGGGUCCUCUGAGCGGCAGAGACACAUGCGAGAACAGCGCGGGAUUGACCAACCUGAUCGAGCCCGUGUGGGACCCGGCUACGAUGAUGAGAAAGGACGGGGCUUUGGACGAGCAAACACAAUAAAUGAAGAUAAACCUAUAAUUCGAGCCAGACAAUAUAGUUUCGAUACCGUGUGCUGGAUGGUUCCAAUUCCUGUCAUGUUCCCCCUUUCCUUUUUUCCUUUUCUGCCCUGGUUGGUGAAACUGGACGGGCCACCAGGUAACGCUUAUGUACAGUACGUUGUUUCUGAUUUCUCUCUUUUGCGUAGGGGGAAAGUCGGAUAUGGUGGGAUUGAUGUCAACUACCAUAGAGGAUCUCGUUAGCAGUAACCAAUGCAGUUCUUUUCAAUGUU